CAACUGGCGCGCUCUCGAUCGAUCUCGUAAACAAUUUACGUGCCGGUACCGGUAAUGAUAUCUUUUUAGCGGUUGAAUGUUGAAUGUGUUUGUUAUAGUCAUUGUGGAAUAGUCAGUUCGUUUGAAACCGUAGAAUGUAAACUGAAACCGUUUGCUGAAACUAACAACGAUACCGGUAUUCAUAUUUCAUCAGCAACUGGCACAGAUCCAACUCCAGUCUGGACGACACGGGGCCGGGGGCGACGGGGGUGCCAGACUCUGACUGUUGUGUUGCCUUGUUGGCUUGGCCCGGCCGCGUGGGCUGCAAUAAUAAUAAUUGAGAUCUAGAGAACUACAUACUACUCUACUGGCUAGCUUCAUUCAGAAAGCUCAGUUGACGCGAAAGUUAGCUGGAGUGGACCAUAGACUAUUAAAUGUUAUCCAUCUCUGGAGUGGACUGGACAUGUAGUACUAGUAAAAGUGGAGCAUUAAUUAGAUUAAGACUAAAGACAGGUCCAGUGUCAAGCCCAGCUGGAUGAUUGAUGAUACUGCAGCCUAGGCUGUCAAUUUUAUUUCUUCUAGAAUAUUCAAGACUUCAUUUGCCUGCCUAAAAUGUUUUCUUCAGAGAGUGAUCCUCAUAUGAGUUUUGAUAUUUCUUCGCAAGGGUUACCUGCCCUUAGUGGUGGAGACGACAAGGGAAAAGGAGAAUCAUCAGGUGGUCCAUUUCAAGGAUCUAGGUUCUCCAUGGAGGAGCUAAAAAGAAUGCAGGAGGUUUACAUGACUGAAGCAAAGAGAUUACAAGAAGAGGUCAAUGACCUAGAAGAUGACCUAGAAAGAGAAAACAUGGCUGCUCUGAGUAUACCAAGUUCAACUUUAUAUUUAGUUGGGGAUAUACUGAAAAUGAAAAAUGAAGGACAAGAAAUGCUUGGUAUGCAUGAUAUGCAGUCUAGUGUUAGUGGUGUCCAACUGACUGAUGCUACUACACAUGUAACAAGUAACAAUCCACAGCGUAUCAUCAGGUCACAAAGACUAGAAGGAAACUGCUCUGGUCUUAAGUUUAUUGCAUCUUUUCAAGUAGAGGAAACUGUGGUAAAACAAACUGCUGAAGAGCAAGCAAUAGCAGCAGAGGAGACAAGUUCUGAUAUGAAAAAGGCUGUCAUUCAAAAGCUUGACCUGGAAGUAGAUCCUUGUUGCUUGGGUGAAAUGAUGACCUUUCUAUCAGAAGCUGAGAAAGAGUGUGACCUUCAGCCAUUCCUAAGAGGGUAUGCAGAAUAUGCUAGAUGGUACCAACAUAGGGUUAAGAUCUUCUCACAUUUCAAGAACGAAUAUCCUGAGGUAGUUAGCCUACCUGAUGGUCUGGGUGGAACAGCUCUUCAAAUCAUGUGUCCUCAGCAGAGAGGAAUCAUCUACAAUAUAACAUGGAAUAUAAGUGUAGAAAGGAUGGGUAAAUGUACUCCUGAGGUCAGCUUAUCAAUCAGCUCAGUCAAAGAAGUCUCGAAGUUGGACACCAAGAAAACACUGAACAGAGCUCCGGAGGAAUUUAAGAAGAUGGUGGAUAUGCUUGGAGUAGAGAAAGCAUUGGAUAGUUUCUUGAAAGCUGUUGCUCUGAAGUGAAGUCAUUAAAGUUUAAUGAAUGCAGUUGGAAUGAUGCCCAGACAUUGUUAAUACUUAACUGAAAGAAAGGACUUUUGAAGUUUGAUGGACAUACUUAUGAUUGGCAAAGCAGAUAUAUUUUCAUCAAAUCCGGCUUGAACUUACGAAAUGCAUGGUAUUAUUCAAGGUAAAGUGCAACUUUGUCAACAUUUCAUCUCACAUUGCCUCAUGCUGGUAUGACACUUAGGGACAGUGAUUUUCCGCUAUCACGGAAAAUUGACGGAAUUCACGGAAUUGGCAUGUUGAAACGGAAAGUGGCUUUUCAAGCGGAAAAUAUAUUUUUUCUCAACAUGCAUGGAAUAUCAACAGAAAUUACUCCUGAAUCCUCAACAAAAUGCGAAUAUCAACUGGAAAAAACAAUAACAUGAUCUCACUUCGCUACAACAUUCAUGACAAUGCCCACAUCAUAACUGCAUUCGAGCCCCUCCAUCGCUCGAUCGUAUUGAAAUGAAAUUACACUUACGUCCGCAUAAAGGCAGAAACACGGCUGUGUGUUGCUGCCCUCUGUAUUCUGCCAUAAUCAUGAUCAUGGUAUAUUCAACAAACCCAAAAUGGCGCAAAAGUUGACUGCUCAAAACGAUGUCCAAAAAGUCCCCCAAAUCAGCGAUAAAUUCUCAUUUAACCAUAAAAUAAUGCUAAUAAUAUGAAAGAUGUGGAUGUAUUCAUGUUGAUUAGGUUUCUGUAAAUAGUUUUUGUACUUAAAACUCUUCAAUUAAAAUUGAUUUUAAAGCGUUGUUAGUACAGUGGCAGAUUCAACUUCUUAGCAGCUUGAGCAUUUUGACAUCGCUACUCAUUGCGUAUUGAUUUUCCAUGUAAACGGAAUUGUCACUUUUUCAUGUACACAACGUCUAUGGGGAAACAGAAUUUGAUAUUUUCUGAAAUGGAAAAUGCAAUUUUUAGAAACGGAAAAUCACUGUCCCUAGACACUUGCACAAUUUUGGUUGCAGCAUUGGCAUGAAUUGAUUGAUGAUACAGGGCAUUAAGUGAGUCAGUGAUUUGUAUCCUGACUAGUUUAAGUCACAACGUGCAUAGGCACGACAUGUUUGUGAAGUAUUAAUGAAUAGUUCACACAUUGUCUUAUCUCUCUUUGAUGAUUUGUGAAUUGCGAAGCUGCACAUGAGUAUGCCUUUUAGCUGAGACGUUAUAUGUAACCUGUUUGUGAGCUAUUUGCAAACAAUAUGUGAAUAGAACAUUCUGUCUUGAACUAGUUGUGACUCAGUGGUCAACUAGCCCAACAAAGUUGUGCACAAUUUACGGAUAGUUCACAGCAAUUGUCCCUAAAAUUUUGUCAUGUCAAACUUUUACAAAAUUGAAAAUUGAAGCAUGACACUUCAAUCUUUGCUCUGCACUUGACUGCAUACUUCACAACAUAGAAUGACGUGGCACAAAUAUUUGUAAACUAAUCAGUGUGUAGUGUCGUAGGAUUUCCCUAUUUCAUCUACACCUUGUUUGUCUAAUUAAUAAUUAGCCUAUUUAACAUAUAUUCCAUUUACUAUUCUGUCUUAUUGUCUAGUUAGGCUGUUCCAAUUGACCCCAUAUUCUGGUUUAACAAUACCAUGGUCUAACUCUAUU